AUAUGUCAUGAAAUUGCGCUUGGGGAACUGAAAGUAGCUAGCUGGUGGUUGACGUACGUACGUAGGUUUAGGUAUCAAAGUCAGACACCAGAAAAUCUUUAGGUAUCAAAGUCAGACACCAGAAAUCUUCAUGUAGCUAUAUUAUAGGCACGUGUUUUCUGGCUCUCAGUGUUCUGUCAAUGGGUAGCUAGCUAUAGCUAUAGCCAACUACUGCUGACAUCAGUGUAGAAAGGGAGCAUGCUAGAAAUUUUGUCUUGGAAACUGCUGGAAAAGCACUAGGUAAUGUGCAAGCACUCGGGGCCCGCACGGGCCUCGCGGAGCAAUCCGCCAACUACACACCAAUUGACGUGGGAGUAAGCGAUGGGUGUGGCUGGCAAACCAACGACUUAUUUGUUAUUGAUGUGUCUUCUAGCACAAGAUAAAGAAGAUGACUUCUUUGGUUGCUGUAUCCGUGUUGUUCGUUUUUGCAUUUGCAGAAAUAUCCUCUGGAUGUACUGAAACUACCCUUAUUGAACUCAGUCCUGGUGGUUCUUUCAAUGUAUCACUGGGGAAGACGAUGGAAUUUACUUGUAAUACAGAGUAUGAGACUCCGCAGUGGGAGGUCAACGAAGGAUCCCUUCCUGAUACUUUUAGUAGACGUGGAUUUCAUAUUUUGAUAUACAAUGGAACACGGCCUGAAACAUACAUGAUUCGCUGUACUUUUCGGUUAAGAGUUGACAUAGAAAUUAUUAAAAUUUUCAGCAACAUGGCUGUAAUAAUAACACCAAUGGACAGUAGUGGACGACGACGUCGUGGUGUCACUCCGAUAUGUGAACAAGCAAGUGCAACAUUUGCUAAUGAUAUGGAGGUCUCUAGGAUUCAUAUAGGCAGUGUACCUACUGGUGACAACUGCAAACUACUGAUUUCCAUUUCACGAUGUGAUGAUACUGGUGAUGGAAAUGAAGUAAUUGAGGUACCGGCUACAGAGAGUAGCAUAAUAGCUACAUUUGACUCUGUGGAGAUGUUUUAUGAUCAUGAUGUCACAGUUGAGAUAGAUUAUGAAUGUGAUUUCUGUGGAAAAAUAAAUAUUUACAUACCUAACAUGAAACCUACAGAUGGCAAAUAUGUUCCAAGUAAUUUUGCGGGAACUAUAAUAGAAGAUCUCUCCAAUGAAUACUGCGACUUCAAUGGUUUUGUCAUCAACUACAGCAUAUGUGUAAAUUCAAGAGGGACAAAUGAAUGCUUUCAGCAUCCAUGUGGAAAUGGUAAAAUCUACACAUCUCUUUGUAACUCUGUGGCAAUUGACGGACCAGUCACUCUUCAAGCUAGUGGCGUUGAGAAUGGAACUAUUGUUUCUAUUUUCUGCUUUGAUUUUGAUUGCCAUGGAAGGUUUAGUGAGGUGAUGGUUUUUAACCUUCAAAUAUUUACAGAAGAUGAUACAAGACCUCAAGACCUUGAAUGUAAAGAUGUAUACUCUGAAGGCUUGAAUGUGUUGAGGAUGAUACACCAGACUUAGCCACUGGAGUUGAGAUUGGAAUUAUGGAGACAUUGUCAAACUGACAUGUAGCACAGAUCUGCCGCUACCUAUUCUAGUGAAAUAAUGACCAGGUGUACGAAAGCAAUCAUCUUCGCCUGGGUUACACUGCCAAUGGAUAUGACAUGGAAUUUGAAUUCAAACGAUAUAUUCUGGAUUUUCGGUGUUUUGCUAGGACAUUCAUUUUUUCCAAGGAUCAGUUGUGAACAUCUUUGCCAGCCGCAAUCCCACUAGGAUCAGUCAGAUGAGUCAAGAGGUGAUGACAACCCAACUCAUGUCAACAGCAACAUGCAGAUCAUUUCUAAGUCGUGGGGAUGGGGCUAACGAUACAUGGAUUUGAGGAGGUUUAAGAGUUAGUACCCUUUCCGUAAUUACACGGUAAAAAAUGUGAUGAAAUUAACUGAUACAACGGACAACUGUACAGGUCCAUGAAGCCAGAGAUAAAUGAACAUAGGGGUCCUUUGGCUCCAAUUCGACGCAAAUGAUAUUCUAGUUGAAAUAACAGAUGAUGGGGAACGAAUGUGGCGAGAAGGUUUCCAAUACCUGAAUAUAUAAGCAACCAACAGUUUUACAAGUUAUUCCAAAAAACUAUACUGGAUUAUUAUUGAAGACCUUUCAAUGGACUAAUGUGACAUUGGUGCACGUAAUUGAACCACAAGACGUGCAUACACUUCAGAUAGAGGAAUGUGACGGAUUUGUUUGCGAAACUCAAUGCAAUAAGCAGAUAAUAUUUCACUCAUGCACACAAGGAAACAAAACUUGCGUCAUACAGGACGAGAUGAAACAGUAGUGAUCUUAUUUUCUGCACAGGAAACCCAAAAACGAAAUUGCAUGGCAAACUAUGAUAGUGAAUCAUGGUUCACAGUUGAAAAUAUUAUGGUAUGAUGCGGAGCAGGCUAAAAUAAUAAAAGUGCGUACAGCCGGGAUCAUGGUGUUGAUGCGGAUUUCUAUCCGGACUACCUUGGUGGUUAUUAUGGCUCUCUCUGAUUGUUAACUCCAGUGGUUCUGGAGAUUACAACCAUGUCUUUCAUUUACUUGGGAUAGUGCUAUAGAUUUGGGUAUAUACAGUUACAUAAUUUGGUUGUUAGCUUUGACGGUAGUAUGAGAUAGUUAGUGAAUGCUGAGUAUGAGGCAAGUCAUUUAGCCUGUUUUGUAUUCCCAGUCUUAUUGAUCUGAUGUUGAUAGAUUAACAUUUUGAAGUGACAAAAA